UUAAAAGAUCUCUUCCUCUCUCUCUCUAACCUCUGCUUUCUCUCUCUAAUCUCUCUCCACCCAAAAUUCUACCCUCGAAAAUCUUCUCCAUUUAACCACUCUGGAACUGCAGCUUCCUCUCACAAUACACGAAUCAUUUCGUUGAAAUCCUCCAUAGCUCUGAAUCAAGGGCACUCUGUACACUCAGAUUAUUUCGUGUGCAAGCUUGCAUGCUGUAUAUUUCUUCCAAUAUUUGACUCUAAACUUGGAGCUCUGUUGCAUCCAUAGUCGAUGAUUGGAUGAGCUAUUACUUUUAAUUUGGAUUCGUAAAAUGCUGAAUUAUAGUCUAUUGAUCCUGGAUUGGUAGAAGCUUUUAUGGAAAUUGCAGCUUUACUCACUGCUUGCACCUUGCUUAAAUAGAUAGGAUUAUGGCAACAUCAAAUGAGAAGUGGAUCGACAAUUUGCAGUUCUCUUCAUUAUUUUGGCCGCCUCCGCAAGAUGUAGAACAACGAAAGGCUCAAAUUACUGCAUAUGUUGAAUAUUUCGGGCAGUUCACCUCAGAACAAUUUGCUGAUGAUAUAGCAGAGCUAAUCCGUAGCCGGUAUCCAUCCAAGGAGAACAGGCUUUUUGACGAUGUUCUUGCAACUUUUGUUCUUCACCAUCCAGAGCAUGGCCAUGCUGUUCUACUUCCAAUUAUUUCAUGUAUUAUCGAUAGCACACUUGAAUAUGACAGAAGUGGUCCACCAUUUGCUUCUUUCAUUUCCCUGUUUUGCCCAAACAGUGAGAAUGAGUAUUCGGAGCAGUGGGCCCUUGCAUGCGGGGAGAUACUAAGAAUUUUGACACACUAUAACAGGCCAAUUUACAAGUUGGAACGCCACGAAAAUUUAUCCGAUAGAAGUAGCAGCGGAGAUCAUGCUUCAACUAGCAAGUCAAUAGAUGGAGAACCUUCUUCUUCACCUCCCUCACUGGCUGAGAGGAAACCUCUGAGGCCACUGUCUCCCUGGAUUACUGAUAUUUUGCUAGCCACGCCUCUUGGUAUAAGGAGUGAUUAUUUUCGAUGGUGUGGAGGUGUUAUGGGAAAAUAUGCCGCUGGAGAGCUGAAACCGCCUAUAACUGCUACUUCUCGUGGAUCUGGGAAGCAUCCCCAGCUUAUGCCAUCAACUCCGAGGUGGGCUGUUGCUAAUGGUGCUGGAGUUAUACUUAGUGUCUGUGACGAGGAAGUUUCUCGCUAUGAAACUGCUACCUUGACUGCAGCUGCUGUUCCUGCACUUCUGCUUCCACCUCCAACAACACCUACGGAUGAACAUCUAGUCGCUGGUCUGCCAGCGCUUGAGCCCUAUGCACGUCUUUUUCACAGAUAUUAUGCAAUUGCUAGUCCAAGUGCCACCCAAAGGCUGCUUCUUGGACUUCUAGAGGCUCCUCCCUCAUGGGCUCCAGAUGCUCUUGAUGCUGCUGUACAACUAGUGGAACUUCUUCGAGCCGCAGAAGACUAUGCCACAGGCAUGAGGCUCCCUAGGAAUUGGAUGCACUUGCAUUUUCUGCGAGCAAUUGGGAUUGCAAUGUCUAUGCGAGCUGGAAUUGCUGCAGAUUCUGCAGCUGCCUUACUUUUCCGAAUACUUUCUCAACCAGCUUUACUUUUCCCCCCACUGAGACAAGUUGAUGGCAUUGAAUUUCAGCACCAGCCUCUAGGUGGUUAUAUUUCAUCUGAAAGAAAGCAGCAACUUGAAUUGACCGCAGCAGAAGCAACAGUAGAAGCUACUGCCCAAGGGAUUGCAUCGAUGCUUUGUGCACAUGGUUCAGAGGUUGAAUGGCGAAUUUGUACGAUAUGGGAAGCUGCUUAUGGUUUGAUACCUUUAAGUUCUUCUGCAGUUGAUCUUCCAGAUAUCAUAGUCGCAACACCGCUGCAGCCUCCGAUACUAUCAUGGAAUUUGUACAUUCCUCUUCUUAAAGUACUCGAAUAUCUUCCUCGUGGAAGCCCAUCUGAAACCUGUCUUAUGAAAAUAUUUGUUGCUACCGUUGAAGCAAUUCUACAGAGGACAUUCCCACCUGAGUCCUCUAGAGAACAAACUAGGAAAACCAGAUAUAUAUUUGGGUCUGCAUCCAAGAAUCUUGCUGUGGCCGAGCUUCGCACAAUGGUCCACUCGCUAUUCUUAGAGUCGUGUGCUUCUGUAGAGCUUGCCUCCCGCCUUCUUUUUGUUGUCUUAACUGUUUGUGUCAGCCAUGAAGCGCAUCCCAACAGUAGCAAGCGCCCGAAAGGUGAAAAAUCUCAUUCCGAACAUGUUGGUGAAGACGAAUGGAAGGAGAGAGAAUCGGAAAAUAAUAAACAGUGCAAGAAACAGGGCCCCGUAGCUGCAUUUGAUUCUUAUGUCAUUGCUGCUGUCUGUGCCUUGUCAUGUGAACUCCAGUUCUUCCCUUUGAUCUCUAAAGGAAGUAGUCUUUUAGGUGCUAGAAAUGGUUCUGACAUUGCUAAACCUGCAAAACUGAAUGACCUGUCCAGUCAGUUGCAGAGUGGUAUUGAUUCAGCUGUUGAUCACACUCGCAGAAUAUUAGCUAUUCUAGAGGCCCUUUUUUCUUUGAAACCGUCUUCGAUUGGCACUUCAUGGAGUUACAGUUCAAAUGAAAUAGUGGCUGCUGCUAUGGUUGCAGCUCAUGUUUCUGAUUUGUUUAGACGCUCAAAAGCAUGCAUGCGUGCUCUUUCCACCCUGGUGAGAUGCAAGUGGGAUAGUGAAAUUCAUUCUAGGGCGUCUUCCCUCUUCAAUUUGAUUGAUAUUCACAGCAAAGUUGUUGCGUCUAUAGUCAACAAAGCAGAGCCAUUAGAGGCUCACCUACUCCAUGCGCCAUCGCUGAAGGAAAUGUCUUCAUGUUUUCAUGGAAAAAAGCUUGCAAAUUGCGGUAGCUGUCGCCACUCAGAACCAGGACAUCCAUCUUCAUCCCCAUGUGAAGACUUGCCCUGUUCUGAAGAUUUGGUUAAUCAUAGGAAGGCUGAUUCUGGCGAAGCUGGAAGAUGUACAAUGGACAAAGGAAUUGCGGAUUUCCCUAUGGAUGCUUCAGAUUUGGCCAACUUCUUGACAAUGGACAGGCAUAUAGGUUUUAAUUGCAACGGGAAUGUUCUUCUGAGGUCUGUCCUUGCUGAAAAGCAAGAACUGUGUUUUUCAGUUGUUUCACUGCUUUGGCACAAAUUGAUUGUAUCACCCGAGACACAACCAAGUGCUGAGAGCACGUCUGCCCAGCAAGGAUGGAGACAGGUGGUGGCUGCACUGUGCAAUGUAGUAUCAGCAUCACCAGCAAAAGCUGCAACAGCCGUUGUCCUUCAGGCGGAAAGGGAAUUGAAACCUUGGAUCGCUAAAGACGACGAUCUUGGGCAAAAAAUGUGGAGAGUCAACCAGAGAAUCGUGAAAGUGAUUGUCGAGUUAAUGAGGAACCACGAGGCAGCAGAGUCGCUAGUAAUUCUUGCUAGCGCAUCAGACGUCCUCCUCCGUGCCACAGACGGGAUGCUUGUCGAUGGAGAAGCAUGCACUUUGCCUCAGCUGGAGCUUCUGGAAGUAACGGCGAGGGCAGUUCAAGCCGUGCUUGAAUGGGGAGAAUCAGGAUUAGCAGUUGCAGAUGGCCUCUCAAACCUGUUGAAGUGUCGCCUCUCAGCCACAGUUCGCUGCGUCUCUCACCCAAGUGCUCAUGUCCGGGCGCUGAGCACCUCAGUUCUCCGUGCAAUCCUACACAACGGGUCGGUGAAACCAAAGAGCAAACUACCAGAUGUGAACAUAAUCCACAAUCCGCGGUAUCAGCAGUACUUGAACAAGAUAGGCAUCAUUGACUGGCAAGCUGACAUUGAGAAGUGCUUGACGUGGGAAGCGCACAGCCGGCUUGCAACGGGGCUGCCCAUCGAGUUUGUGGGGUCGGCUGCGAAGGAGUUAGGGUGUGCUAUAUCUGUGUGAAAGUAGUUUUAAACGUUUGAUGCUUGUUUGAGCUAAAGAAACACUAUCUAUGACUGAGAUUGAAAUUAGAUAUUGCUAUUCACCCUUCUUGUAAUAAUUUUUCUAGACUACGCCCAUGUAUGUAUAAUGUAUUUAUAUCAAUUGUAGUAUUAUUGUUUGGACAA